UGCGAAGGGAAAUAUUUGCACGUAUUUCUUGCAUUUCCACUCAGUUAUAUAUUAUUUAUCACUCUCUCUGUGUGUCUCUCUCUCUCUUAAAAGCUUCAAAAGCCUCCGAAUCAGUCCGAGUUGAACCAUCGGCAUUCCAUUUCACUUAUUCCUAGGGUUUCAUCAAUGGCCGAAGUAAUGAACAUGCCGGUCGAUUCUCUCGACCGUCGGCGAGAUCGCCCCUCCGACCGAAGAGACAAGUCGAACGAGGACACCGAAUCAUCGCCGCCUCCUCCGCCGCCUCCACCACCCAGGAGACGAGAGAGAGAUUCUAGAGAGAGAAGAGACGAUAGGGACCUUGACCGCCCGCCAAACCGUCGCGGGGACUACUACGAUCGGAACCGGUCACCGCCGCCCAGGGAGAGGGAUUACAAGCGGCGAUUGAGCCCUAGCCCUCCUCCCCCUUACCGCGGACGGCACUCUCCUCCUCGGCGGUCGCCUCCGCUCCCGCCGUUUAAGAGGUCGCGAAGGGACGAUUAUGACGGGCGGCGCGGAAGCCCUAGAGGAGGAUACGGACCCGGAGAUAGAAGGUUUGGAUAUGAUUAUCCAGGCGGGUAUGAACGUGAGAUGGGGGGCAGGCCUGGUUUCGUGGAUGAAAGGCCUCAUGGUCGGUACAUUGGCCGCUCAGGUGGUUAUCAAAGUGGCCCAUCUGAUUGGGAUUCAGGUCGUGGUGGCUACAAUGAUGCUUCCAAUACAGGGAGUUCUCAAAGAGAAGGUUUGAUGUCUUAUAAGCAGUUCAUUCAGGAGCUUGAGGAUGAUAUUCUACCGGCCGAAGCCGAGCGCAGAUAUCAAGAAUACAAAUCAGAGUAUAUAUCAACUCAGAAACGGACUUUUUUUAAUACUCAUAAAGAUGAAGAAUGGUUGAAGGACAAAUAUCACCCAACAAAUUUACUUGCUGUUAUUGAAAGGAGGAAUGAGCUUGCACGAAAGAUGGCAAAGGAUUUUCUGCUUGAUUUGCAGAGUGGAACGUUGGAUCUAGGUCCUGCUGUCAAUGCCUCAUCUUCAAACAAAUCAGGACAAACAAGUGAUCCUAACUCUGAUGAUGAAGUAGAUGUGGCUGGCAAAAGAAGACGUCACGGUAGGGUGCUGGCUAAAGAAACUGAUCUUUCAGCUGCUCCCAAGGCUCACCCAGUCAGUUCUGAGCUCAGACGAAUCCAGAUUGAUAUUGAACAAGCACAGGUGCUUGCAAGGAAACUUGACUCUGAAAAAGGAAUUGAGGAUAAUAUAUUAUGCAGGGUUGACAGUGACAGAAUGAAUAGAGACAAACCUCAUGUUGGUUCCUCAGGCCCAGUUAUUAUUAUUCGGGGUUUAACUUCUGUCAAAGGACUAGAGGGCAUUGAGCUACUGGAUACACUCAUUACUUAUCUUUGGCGCAUUCAUGGGCUGGAUUAUUAUGGUAUGCUUGAAACAAGUGAAGCUAAGGGGCUUCGACAUGUGAGAGUGGAUGGCAAGAGUUCUGAUGCAAGUAGUAGUGGGGCUGACUGGGAAAAGAAACUUGAUUUGCGUUGGCAAGAGAGAUUGAAAGGUCAGGAUCCCUUGGAAAUGAUGACUGCUAAGGAGAAGAUAGAUGCGGUUGCUGCUGAAUCUUUAGAUCCUUAUGUCCGGAAAAUCAGGGAUGAGAAAUAUGGGUGGAAGUAUGGAUGUGGAGCCAAGGGUUGCACAAAGCUAUUCCAUGCUGCUGAGUUUGUACAUAAGCAUUUAAAGCUGAAGCACCCAGAGCUCGUGAUGGAGCUAACUUCUAAAGUGCGUGAAGAUCUGUAUUUCCAGAACUACAUGAAAGAUGCAGAUGCACCUGGUGGGACUCCUGUCAUGCAGCAAUCUGUACCGAAGGAGAAACCACAGAGGCGUAGGCUAGGUGUGGAUAACCGGUUGAAAGAUGAACGAGGAAGUCGUAGAGAACGUGACAAUCGAGUUAAUGGCAAUGAAAGAUUCGAUAGAUCCGAGAACCCUCAGCCAAUUGAGUUCCAGUCCAAUGAUGGUCCAGCUGGGGGCAAUCCUGAUGAACCAAUGUUCGAUACUUUUGGUGGUCAAGGCAUACAUGUUGGUCCUCCUUUCUCUUCUGAUAUUCCUCCACCUCCUGUACUGAUGCCUGUACCUGGUGCUGGUCCACUGGGGCCUUUUGUCCCUGCUCCCCCUGAAGUUGCAAUGCAGAUGCUGCGAGAGCAGGGUGGACCUUCCCCUUUUGAAGGUGGUAGUAGAAACGGGCGGUCUGGGCCCCAGUUAAGUGGAGGAGCCCCAAUUAUUGCUCUGCCUCCAGCGUUUCGACAGGAUCCUCGUCGUUUACGAAGCUAUCAAGACCUUGACGCACCAGACGAUGAAGUAACUGUGAUAGACUACAGGAGUCUCUAGUUUUUAACAUUGGUGGUGCGUAACAUAGCAUCAGAUGCUUCUCUCUGGAAGGAAAAACUGCUGUUUCGGUCGGAGGUCAACUGCUUUAAUACUGCAACAUUUAAGAUCUGCUUCCAAUUCUGCUGUUCAUAAAUGCUUCUUCGGUUUCUUGUAUUUCAGGCAUGGCAAAUGUGUUAGUAACCCGAACAUUCCUGAUAUAUUUUUCUCCUCCUCGCUUUAGCAGGUGGUAACUUUCCAUCAAAUAUGAAAUUUGGAGUGCUGUAAAAUUGACCCAGACAUGAGUUUUCAGAUAUUUAUCUAUUUUUUCCCAACUA